AUGCGGACGGUUAUCGGACGAAUGUGGUGCCGCGGAGAUGGUGGUGCUGGUAAUAAUAGCGUGGUGAUAUUGGAGGUGGAGCCUGCAUGCGGAAAGGGCAGAGGAGGUGGCGGCGGUGGUAAGGGACAGAAACGAAUGUGGUGGCGCGGGGCACGGUUAAGCAUCGACCCGCAUGGAGGCCGGGCGAUCUACACAAGAGCGUCGGAUCGAGGAAAAGUGCUGAGCUGAGCCGAGCUGAGCCGGGGCGUGGCGGACGGGAAGUUAGCGAGCAAACUUCCGCACCAUGGUCACGCGGCCAGAAAAAGCAGGAGUCCUGGGUGUUUCUAAUCGAUCAGAAGAAUCAGCGACAGGACAGCGGCGCACCUACCAGCAGAAGCUGGCGGCGGCGGCGGCGCAGCAGCAGGCGCCGCACGCGAUGCAGGCGCAGCCGUCGCAGGCGGCGCACAAGCAGUGGGAGGACCCGUGCGCCGACGACAAGAUCCGCACCACGCCGCACGUGGAGUACUGCGACCGCUACUACGCGUGCGCCGACGGCCAGCCCGUGGAGGUGGACUGCCCCAACGGCCUGGUGUACGUGGGGCGCGGCCUGAGCGGGCCCUUCGACGGCGUCUGCGACUACGCCUUCAACGUGGAGUGCGCUGGCCGCGAGAAGCGGAAUCCUCCGAUCUCCACGGAGCAUUGUGACUGGCUGUACGGCAUCUCGGCGGGUUUCGCUUCUCGGCGUGUUGGAGCUUUCUGGCCGUUUCGUCUGAACACCGUCGGAGCAUUGAAGGUGUACCGUCGGAGCACUGUCGAAGCUCCGUCGGAGCACCGUCGGAGCACCGUCGGAGCACCGUCGGAGCACCGUCGGAGCACCGUCGGAGCACCGUCAGAGCAUCGUUGGAGUACCGAAGGAGCAUCAAAGGAACUGCCGGAGUAUUGCUGAAGCGAAGUCGGGGCUCCUUUAGGACACCUGAGGGUCUGGAUGAAAACACGUCAUCUUCAUGCCUUCUACAAUAUUCUCUCGGCCUAGUCGUCCUUGGCAUUGCAAGAAUAGCCUCAACCUCGCUGGAGCAUCUCAGCAAGACUGCAAAUUCUUUCUAACGGUGUCGUUGCAACCUCUGGGUGGCAUCGGGACAUCCUCGCGGUGGCGCGCACGCUCUCCACGGCGAUCAGACCGCGUGGCGUCUCCGCAAAGGACUGCAUAUUUCGUGUGUUCGGGGACUAUUUGUAUUCUGAAUACAUCUCGUCUUUUCGUACUGUGUCAGCCCCUGGCUGCUACAGGAAGGCCCAAAGGGGCAGUGCAGUUUCUCAAAGAACGUGCACUGUGCACUUGACACUGCUCCGCGGCGUCUUUCUGGAAGUUCUUUGCCUUUUCACUCCAUCCCCAAGGCCUUGAUGUAUCCUCCAUUUUAGAACAAAAGCCACGUGGAUGUUUCUCGAUUGUUUGUUGUCAUCUGUUCCUCAAGAAAGUCAAGUGAGAUAAAUCGCCUUAUAAUUUAUUGGUCUCUUAUUGCACUAGAAUCUCUUUGUCACCAUUAAUGUCAGUGCGUAUCUGAAAUGUGACUUUUUGUUCUGAAAUGUAGAAUCGUUUAAGGACUUUCCGUUCACUGAAUCGUUUUCGAUUCAGCUAUCUCCCUCUGUGUAUUUUACUUCAGAAAUAAUUUCAUAUCAGAAUAUUAUAUGAUUAUGACUGCUACUGUUACCAAAAAUGUUUCCUCUACCCGUACACCCCUGUUUAUACAGAAUCUUCGUUUUAUCUGUUAUUACAACUGUCAAUUGUGAAUAGAAUUUAGUUGUAAUUUUUUGAUAUUUUAGUGUAGUCUACAUCAGAUUAUCUUAUUGAUGAGAAAUGUUUGCCAGACUGUUUGUUAUUUAAAUUGUGUUUUUGAGACCUUUCCAAAUCAUGAAUGUCCCAAAUGUUUUGUAUAUUUUACAGUUUUUCUAAAGACUGACAUUGUUAAAAUAUAUCAAAAUGCCUCCAUUGUUCUUAAUUUCAAUUUUGUGGUUCAGUGACUUUACGAAGUUAAAGUAGACACACCAAGAGUUAAUAUUGUGUACCGAAAAUGAAAUAAUAUUAAAUAAUUAUU